AUGACGAUCGCAGAAGGCCUUGCCACGGUCGUGCAAGUGGUUGCGACGGCAUCGUCGUUCUAUGUUGCGUCAAGUCCAUAUGCGUCGAUCAAGGAAAUCCACGUCAACAAGUCGACAGGCAAACUAUCGGCAAUUCCGCUUCUCUGCAUGCUGCUAAGUUCGUCGAUGUGGCUCUUGUACAGCAUCCUUUUGAGAAAUUUCUUCCCCCUCAUUUUCACCAACGUCGUGUAUCUCUCAUGUGUCAUCGGGUACCUUGCCGUGUACUACAAAUACUCAAACGCGAGGGCAACUCUGCAUCGAUAUUUUUUCGUCGAAGGCGUCUGGAUAAUGUCUGUGUAUUGCUACGCAGCAAUAUCCCCGUCUCCAACGACAACUCGUCUUGAAGUCGUUGGAAUUAUCGCAAUCACGUGCUCAUCCAUCAUGGUUGUUUCUCCUUUGUCAGCGAUCGCAGAAGUCCUCAAAACAAGGAGCGUGGCCCACCUGCCACGUAAAUUGAUUUUCGCGACAUGGAUCAGCAGUGGUGCAUGGUGCCUCACUGGCAUCAUCCUCGACAACGCCUUUAUCAAGUACCCGAAUGCAAUCAACUUCAUCCUUGGGUCGCUCCAGUUGGCCCUCUUUCUGAUCUUCCCAAGCGCCUCUGUUGCCGUUGCGCAGAGCUCAGGAAAAGGCGUCGAUCUCGACCGCGUCGGUCUCUUGACUGCGGAUCCUGACGAAAUUUCGUCGGGGGUUGACAAAUCUUCGCAAGUCGAUACGUAUAUUCACGCGACCCACGACAUCAAGUAG